UCCGUACUCGUUUCUGUCCAUGCCGUCAUCGAACAAAAAUAACCGGUAAUCUUGCCUUUAUUCUCUGUAUUUGUGCAUUACCAUCAAGUUGAUACUUAGGUAGUCCAUCACUAAACACAAAUAAUUUUGUGACAUAAAUGUGGUAUUAAAGCAAUUUCUUACGACAUCAAGAAAAUGAAAAGUUGCCCCGAUAUCAGUAUUUCCUGUUUCGUUUCAAUAAAAUAUUCCCCAUCAUCAAAUUGUGGUGUAUAUAGCCGGGAAAUGGAGCUGCUUCUCAAUUAUAAUUUUUGUCAUUGUGGAGACUGUUUGCAGUACAAGCAAGAAACCAAAUCGAAUUCAACAUAGGAAGGAAAUGGCGGUGAAGACGAUUAUUCAGAAGUUUAUCUUACUGCAAUGGAUGUACAGAUUUUCAUUUUCGUUUGAACAUGAUUCUGACUUUGCCAAAAUACACCAAUGCAAAGCUACAGAAAAUCGAUAUGAUGUAUACAAUGGCUUUGCUCCUUAUAGAAUGGAAUGGAUUGAAUGUGCCGUUAACAUAUUUCCAUCGGUUUUUUCGAAUGCAACUUGCCUUCCAAAUUGUCAAAAUCCUGAAACUGAAGAAUUGCUUCCCGCGACGUUCCAGCCUCAUCCAGUUUACAGUUGCCAGACUUUUGAAGUGAGGCGGGGGGGUCGUAUAUAUAAAGAAAGCGUCAGAUUGGCGCAUGGAUGCAGAUGCGUAAGUACUGCUCAGCCUAUCACACUGCAACAAGUUCGAUGUCAAUAAUUGACGAAGAAUGAAUAACAUUGAUUUUCUGAAACUUUUGGACAAAUGAUCUCUUUAUACUGGGACGUUCGUUAAAUAAUACUAAAAUAGAAAGUACGUCUUCAAGUUGUAUAUAAUAUUUAUUUUGAAUUUAUUUUUACUGUUAUCGAUAAUACUGCCAGUUUGUUACCUAGAUUAUUAAAAAAUAUUGUGCAAUAUUUAAUAUCUUCACUAACAAUUCAACUCUCAUCGUCACUCUUAUGAUCAGUUUUGUUACUGAAAUAGAUAAAAGUCGGCAUUCCCAACGUUAUCAAAAAAAUAAUAUUAGAUAUUGAAUAUUAACAAUGGGUAAUCUUAAUUUCGAAACUCAGCUAAUGCGUGCUAUAUGUGCUGCGUCGAAUAGUAUAAUGACAUGUUCUCAAGAUUUUGGUAUUUCUAUUUGCACUAAGUACAUUGAAAUGCGUUUAAAUUUCGUAAAGGAAUAUAUUGCACAUAUCAACAAUAUUGUCGAAUAUGGUGGCGUU